UUUCACUCUACAACAACCCUGGCAUUUCUGCCCACCACUCGAUAUCUUCCCUUUUAGAUCUCCCUGUCAUUCUUUCAGGUUUCAUCAGCGUCUUUUCUUUAUCUCAUUGUCACCAACUGAGGCGCACCCUGGACAGGCGCAUUUUCACAAUUUUACUCUUCCCCGAAUCCGCGACGUCACGUCCGCCCAACCGCCGCCAUGCCUCCCAAGAAGGUCGAUCAGCCUAAGAAGAAGAAGGCCACCGUUGAUGAUAAGUCCUUUGGUAUGAAGAAUAAAAAAGGUGGUGCCGCCAAGAAGCAGAUCCAACAACUGCAAGCACAAGCCGCAAGCAACAAGAACCUAGACGAGAAGAAGAAGGCCGCCGAAAAAGAGAAGCGUGAGGCCGAGAAGGCGGCCGCUGAGCGGGCCAAGAGAGAGAACCUUGAGCUGUUCAAGCCCGUGCAGGUCCAGAAGGUUGCCUUCGGUGUUGACCCGAAGACUGUCCUCUGUCUGUUCUUCAAGCAGGGUCACUGCGAGAAGGGCCGGAAGUGCAAAUUCUCACACGACCCCAAUGUCGAGCGCAAGGCAGCCAAGAAGGAUCUGUACACCGAUACCCGUGAUGAGAAGGUCGACGAAGAAGAGAAGAAGCAAAAGGAUACCAUGGACGACUGGGACGAGGAGAAGCUACGCAGUGUCGUUAUGAGCAAACACGGCAACCCACGAACAACCACCGACAAGGUGUGCAAAUUCUUCAUCGAAGCAGUGGAGAACCAGAAGUACGGCUGGUUCUGGUCUUGUCCAAAUGGAGGAAACAAGUGCAUGUACAAGCACAGCUUGCCACCAGGAUUCAUUCUGAAGACCAGGGAGCAGAGAGCCGCCGAGAAGGCCCUCAGGGACAAAUCGCCCCUGAACACUCUCACCCUAGAGGACUGGUUGGAUUCCGAGCGUCACAAGCUGACUGGUACGCUUACACCCGUCAACGAGGAGACCUUCGCCAAGUGGAAGAAGGAGCGUAUGGACAAGAAGGCCGCCGAAUUCCAAGCACAGCAGGCUAAGGAGGCUACUGGUCGCACGCUCUUCGAGAGCGGCAACUGGGCCGAGGAGGACAGUGAGGCCGAGGAGGGCGAGGACGAGGAUGGAACAUGGAACUUGUCAGUUAUGCGACGAGAGACCGAGAGACUGCGUGAACAGAAGGAAGAGGAACGUCUCCUCAAGCUCGGUGGCGAGGUGCUACCCACAAGCAUACCCACAAGUAUACCCGAAGCUGUCACACCCGAAGCUGUGGGUUGAGUCCCCACACACCCUCACGAUACUAGAUUCGUGGGCCCUUAAGGAUCCUUCUCCCCCGGCCACAUGCAAUCUUAAAGUUUGUUUCGUGAUGCUAUGGGGUCGGAUCUCGAUGUCGAGUGAUCGCUACAAUCGCUUGCCCAAAUUGCUCGCUUUGUAUGCAACCUCGGUCAUCACUGAGGGCUCGGUUGGUCGCCUUUUCCUUCCAGCCUCUAUACGUGUGUACUAAAAAUGUCAUGCGUAGAGGAAAAGGUCAAGGCUGACUAGCCACGGGGGCGCAAAGGCUUUAUGAGUCUUGUGUGUCCCAUGUGACGGAAGAAUCAACGGCCGAUAUACCUUUUGAUAGCACCUGUUAUUUUGUUGGUAGCAAAAAGUUCGUUCAUUCCAAUGAACCUGAUGC